AUGACCACCGUCCACCACCCCUCCCACCCGUCCAUCCCCAUCACCCUCCCCGACGGUCUCACAGAAGACCAACUCCUCAAUUUCUGUCCCUUUACCUCCUGGCUAUCAACCCUGACCACCUCUCUCACCUCCCAAUCCACCACCCCCUCCCACCCCUUCUCCCCCAAUCCAUACACCCUCCGCUCUGUCAAAAUCCAAUCAUUCGACCUAUUCGGCCCCAGAGUUGGCUUCCUCAAGCUCGUAGCCGAUGUCAAAAACGAUAAAAACGAGACGCUCCCCGGCGCGGUGUUUCUGAGAGGACCAUCGGUGGCUAUGCUUGUGAUGCUCAUACCCGAUGAUGGUAAGGAUGAGGAGGAGAGGUACGUUUUACUGACGGUACAGCCGAGGGUUGCGGCGGGGAGUCUGGAGUUUGUGGAGUUGCCUGCGGGGAUGGUGGAUGAGGAGGGGGAGUUUGUGGGGACGGCGGCGAGGGAGAUUGAGGAGGAGUUGGGGAUUAGGAUUGAGGAACGGGAGUUGAGGAAUCUGAGUGAGAUGGCGUUGGGGGAGGAGGGAGGGGGGGAGGGGUUGGGAAGGGGGGUGUACCCUAGUCCGGGGGCGUGUGAUGAGUUUAUACCUAUUUUUAUGCAUGAGAGGCGGGUACCGAGAGAUACGUUGAAGGAGUGGGAGGGGAAGUUGACGGGGUUGAGGGAGCAUGGGGAGAAGAUUACUUUGAGGUUGGUGAAGAUGGGCGAUUUGUGGAGGGUGGGCGGGAGGGACGGGAAGACGUUGGCUGCUGUGGCGCUGUGGGAGGGGUUGAGGAGGGAGGGGAGGGUGUAG